AUGCCUCGAUUUCAUACAGUAGAAAUAAAUAAAACUGAAUGGAUCGUACCGGAACGUUAUCAAAUGCUUACACCUGUGGGCUCAGGCGCGUACGGUCAAGUAUGUUCUGCCAUAGACACGGUGCACAAUAUGAAAGUUGCAAUUAAGAAGUUAGCUCGCCCAUAUCAAUCUGCAGUACAUGCUAAACGAACUUACCGUGAACUUCGUAUGUUAAAACAUAUGAAUCACGAAAAUGUUAUUGGACUACUGGAUGUCUUCACACCAGAAAAAAAUUUAGAAGAUUUUAAUCAAGUUUAUCUGGUUACACAUUUGAUGGGAGCUGACCUAAACAAUAUUGUUCGAACACAAAAAUUGUCUGAUGAUCAUGUACAGUUCCUUGUAUAUCAAAUACUAAGAGGACUUAAGUACAUCCAUUCAGCAGGAAUAAUUCAUAGAGAUCUCAAACCAUCAAACAUUGCUGUCAAUGAAGACUGUGAACUGAAGAUCCUAGACUUUGGCUUGGCUCGGCCCACUGAAACUGAAAUGACUGGUUAUGUGGCAACUAGAUGGUACAGAGCUCCUGAAAUUAUGCUUAAUUGGAUGCAUUAUAACCAAACUGUUGAUAUAUGGUCUGUGGGUUGUAUUAUGGCUGAAUUACUUACAAGCAGGACUCUCUUUCCUGGUACAGACCAUAUUCAUCAAUUGAAUUUAAUAAUGGAGAUCCUUGGGACCCCAGGUCUGGAGUUUAUGAAGAAAAUCUCUUCAGAGUCUGUAAGUAAAGCUACUAGCCUGGAUAUUGACCAUCUCACAAGAAUAUUAUUUUUAUGUGGGAAACCCGACCAAGAGACUAUAGACAAAAUUUUAAGUGAAGAGGCUCGCAAUUACAUACAAUCGUUACCAACAUUGAAACGCCGCGAUUUCCGUGAAGUGUUUCGUGGUGCAAACCCUCUUGCGAUCAAUUUACUUGAGCUUAUGCUCGAGUUGGAUGCUGACAAGCGUAUAACUGCCGAACAAGCGCUGGCGCAUGAGUACUUAACGCAGUACGCGGAUCCAAGCGAUGAGCCGGUGUCGGCACCCUAUGACCAGAGUUUUGAAGAUAUGGACUUGCCUGUCGAGAAAUGGAAGGAAUUGGUUUGGAAUGAAGUGGUAGAGUUCAAACCUCACCCGCAGCACAUGAAUACUGUAGUUGAGGUCAACCCUUCUUAA